GAAUUUGUAAGACUCUCCACGGAGCAACAACUUGAAGAGGCAGCAUUCAAGAGAAACUUGUUCAGGCCACUCAAAGAGAGCGAGAGAAGCAACAAUGUCAGCUUCCUGAAUUCCACCAGCAAGACAUUUCUGGAAGGACCAUCUACUUUGGAAAUGCCAAUAACAGCCGAGGACAGAAUUACCCUGGAUGUAGAGAGACACACAAAGUUUUCUGUUUGGGUUUCUUUCUGCGAAAUCUAUAACGAGAACAUCCAUGACCUGUUGGAGCCGUUACCCAUCGGUACCCCGAGGAGAACUAUCUUGCGUUUGUCUCAGGAUGUUAAAGGCAAUGCCUUUGUCAAAGAUCUGCGCUGGGUUCAGGUAAACAAUGCAGAAGAAGCUUUCAGAGUGAUGAAGCUGGGUAAGAAAAACCAAAGCUUCUCCUCCACCAGACUCAAUCAAGUCUCUAGCAGGAGUCACAGCAUUUUUUCAAUUCGUAUUUUGAGGAUUGAAGACGUUGCGACCCAGAGGGUCCACACAGUCAGCGAGUUCUGUUUGUGCGACCUUGCUGGCUCAGAACGAUGUGCUAAGACACAGAACAUAGGUGAGCGUCUGAAAGAGGCUGGUAACAUCAACACAUCAUUGCUUACUCUGGGAAAGUGCAUAAAUGCUCUACGGCACAACCAACAGGCCAAGCUCUUGCAGCACGUUCCUUUCAGAGAGAGUAAACUCACACACUACCUCCAGAGCUUCUUUUGUGGCCGUGGCAAAGCCUGCAUGAUCGUCAACAUUAACCAGUGUGCAUCUAUGUAUGAUGAGACCCUCAACGUCCUCAAGUUUUCUGCUGUGGCGCAGAAGGUUGUUGUUCUGACCACAAGGCUCCUCACAGUCAAACCUCAGAGUUCUGCCACUCAGGUCUCCUUUGGGAGGGAUUUUAUGCCCAGCAGCUGCAUUGAGAAAAGAAGGAGCUCUCUGAUUGGCUGGGAGAGCAGUCUGGAGGAUGUUCAGGAGGACUUAGGUGAUGAGCAUGAACAAGAUGGCAGUGCUUUGAUGGAGGACACUUUGGAUCUCAGCCAAACUGAAGGCCAAUGCACCGAGGAUAAAAUACUCAUCAGUAAACACACACACCAGAAGCAGGUGGCGCUGUUGAAUCAGCUGCAGCAUCAACUAAAGAAAGAGCGAGCAGAGGGACUUCUGACAGAGGCUCGAAUCAGGGAGGAAAUCUGUGGAGAGUUCACCGAACUGAUCGCUACUAUGCAGAAGGACUUCAGUGACCGUCUUGCAAGGGAGAAAGAAAUCCUAGAGGAGCGAGCAGAACACAGGAUGGAGAUCUUCAAAAAAAUGAUCAACAACAUGACUCCACCAGUAAUCAAUCAAGACACAGAUAUGGAGGAAUUGUCUGCACUGGAGAAAGAGAAGAAAGCCAGAGCUGACGUCCUGGUUGCUUUGGAAUUCCAGACUCAGGGCAAAGAGGAGGCAUUGGCCACUGUUAAGGAGCUGAGGAGGGACAAGAAUGAGGCACAAGCUGCUCUGGAAAAAGAGAGGAGUGAAAAAAAAGAUGCUAAUUUUCUUCUAGAGAAGGAAAAGAAGGAGGUUAUCAGGCUCACUGAGGAGAAUAAAGUGAUUCAACAACAAGUCAGAGAACUUAAACAGGAGAUCAGAGAUCUUUCUGCCAAACAGGACACAGCUGAGCACCAGGUGACCUGUGAGAGAGACAGAACUGCUCAGACAUUAGUCCAGUUGCACUCUGCUCAGGAACAACUUGAUCAACAAGCAAAAGAAAUCCAGGAGAAGAAUUCGCAGAUUCAUCUUUUUAUGCUCAAGGCUGAAAAUGCAUCAGAUCUUAGGAGGAAAACAGCUGAUGACAGUCAACAUUCUGAGUCAGCAGAGUUGAGAUCCCAGCUGGAAUACAAAGAGCUUGAGCUGGUUCAGAUCAAAGAGGAAUUGAAGCAGAUGAAGGAGAAGCUCGACCAACAGCAUAAAGAAUCAGCUCGGGAGUUUGAAGACCUUAAAACAAAGCUUCAGAAUCAGGAAGAGAGUAGGUCCAGGCUGGAACAUAUGGAGCAUGAGCUAGUUCAGGCCAAACAAGAGAGGGAAAAGGUUUGUCAACAUCUUGAUGCUUCAAAUCAAGAAAUUAUGGAGCUACGAAAAAAGCUGCAGGAGCAAGAGAACAUCAGGUCCCAGCUGGAACACCAGGAGCUUGAGUUAUCUGAGACUAAGGAGAAGCUGGAGCUGGUGAAUGAGAUGCUCUGUCAACACCAGGCUCGGUCAAACGAACAAAUCAAUGAGCUGAGAACAAACCUUCAGGAGAUGGAGGAGAUAAGAUCUAAGCUUAAAAAUCAAGAGCUCCCUGUUGAGGCCACCGAAGAGCUUGGGAAGAUGGAGAAGGUCAGUCAACAGUGUGAAGAGUCAACCCAGAAGAUUGAUGAGCUCACAGCAAAGCUUCAGAAGGAGGAAGAGAACAGGCCCAGGUUGGAACAGUUAGAGAAUGAGCUGGCCCAGGUCAGACAAGAGAGGGAUGAGGUCAGUCGACAUUGUGAGACUUUAACUCAACAGAUCAAUGAGCUGAGAACAAAGCUGCAGGAGGAAGAAAAGAUCAGGUCUAUGUUGAAACAUCAGGAGCUCGAGCUAUCUGUGACUAAAGAGAAGCUGGAUCAGGUGAAUGAGAUGCUCUGCCAACAGCGGACAGAGUCAACUCAGAAAAUCAGUAAGCAACAGGAAUCCGAGGAACAGCUGAGAAAGAAGCUUGAAGAACAGACACAAACCUGUGACGAGUUGAAGCAGAAGCUGCAGAAACAGCAGGUAGAGUCACAGAAAGAUGUGGAUGAAUUGAAACACAAACAAAAAGAACAGCAGGAAACAUCUGAUGACGUCAUCAAAGAUUUAAAGCUGCAACUUAAGGAAGCUCAGCUCCAAGCUUCCUCCACCGCUGCUGCUGCUGCUGCUGAGGAAGAGCUCAAAAAGCUGAACUCUGAACUCCAAACUGAGGUUUCUUCCCUGAGGUCCAAGGUGGCCUGCAUUGAGGAAGUGAAGGAUGAGGAAAAAGGCAAGACGUUCCCAGAAUCCUCUGAGCUGCAAAAAAAACUUUUGGAAAAGGAGGCAGAGGUGACAGCACUGCAGAAGAGCCUUCGGGAUGUGGAGGAACGCAAGGCAGAAGAGGAAAUGCAAGCCGUUCAGGAGGCCCGACGCAGGGAGGCAGAGCGACGUCGGGAGCUGCUUGCCGUGGCUCAUGAGGCUAUCGCUCAGAAGGAUGAAGAGCUGGAGAAGAAAUCAGAGGAAAUCAGUAGACUUAAGGAAAUGGCAAAGCAGGACGCGGAAAAGGUGACAAGUCUCAAUAUUGAUCUCCAGAGGAAAGAGGAAGAGACAUCAGAUGUCAAAGAAAAACUUGCAGACUACAAGAAGCAAAUCCAGCAGGUUCAGAAGGAGAUUUCAGCCAUGAGGGAAGAGGAGAAACUUCUGAGGCAAAAACUGAAUGAUGCAGACAAAACCAAGAAGCAGCUUCAGUCUGACAUUGCCAACAGAGACAGAACCAUUCAGCAGCUUAAAGGGGAACACUCUGCUCACCUCAAGUCCGACCACACGCAGGAAUUGUACCAGAAAGCUUGUAAAGACCUGGAGGCAAAAGAGCGUGUGAUGGAGGACAUGCGUUUGGCUCUGACAGAGCAGGAGGAAACACAGGCCCAGAUGGAAGAGAUGCUGGAGGAAAAGCUCGGCCUUAUCCAGGAACUUACUGAUGAAGUGGGAAAACUUAAAACAUCAUCACCACCUCCUGGCUGUGGCCGUCGCAGGGUUGACAGUCAGUCACAUGACCCCAAUUUGGCCAAACAGGAGGCAGCUCAGGCUCAGCAGCAGCUCAAGCUGUGCGAGCAAAAACACCAAACUGAGCGUAAGAAGUGGCUGGAGGAGAAGCUGUCUCUGAUUGGUCAGGCCAAAGAGGCGGAGGACAAGAGGAACCAAGAGAUGAGGAAGUUUGUAGAUGACCGAGAGCGUUACGGAAAACAACAGAGUCACCUGGAGUCAGAGUUGCAAGCAAAGGAGGAGAUGAUGCAGACGUGGAGGAAGGAAAGAGACACUCUGGUUUCCGCUCUGGAGGUUCAGCUCCACAAACUUCUCAGCAGCCAAUCAGAGAAGGACAGGGAGAUCCUGGAGCUAAAAAGCCGCAUUGACACACAGCCAACACCAGAGUGUGGACACGGCGGCGGUGCAAGCAAUUGUGCUGUUGACGUAGCAGAGUUGCAGGCUACUCUGCAAGAGCGAGAGAAGGAUCUCCAAAAACUAAAAGACGAGCUUAAGAAGUUAAGAGAUGAGCAGAAGAUUGUCACGAAAGUUGUCACGAAGACUAAACACAUUGAAAGCACAGCAGGGAAACUCCAGAGUGGCAUCAUCAAGGAGAAUGCAUUGCAACGUACAGACAACCGAAUGUCGGUCAGCAGUCAGGCCUCAUCAGGAUUCCCAUCAGUCUUGGACUCCUCAGAGAUCUCCACAGAGAAUGGCAGGACCAGCCGUUUCCCCCGACCUGAGCUGGAGAUCUCCUUCAGCCCACUGCAGCCCAACCGCAUGGCUCUGAGGCGCCGCGGGGAUGACAGUGCUGUAACUGUCAAAAUCACACGCUCUGCACGCAAGAGGAGGAGCGGCGAGAUGGAAAAGUCUCACAUUUUUAGGAGGAGUAAACGACGAACAACGCCUGAGGAGGAGGUGGAGGCACAGAACAGGAGGAACACCAAGACCAAUUUGACGCCAAAGCUGACCCCACAUCAAGAGGAGGUCUCGUCCUCCUUGAGUCUCCAUGGCUCCAGCAGCAGCAUUCGCAGCAGGAAGGAAGGAACCCUGCUAAAGAUCGGCGAAUUCCUGCAGAGCUCACCCACGCUCUUCAGUUCUAAAGCUAAAAAGAUGAUGAGUCUGGUGAGCAGUCGCAACGAAACAGCGUCUGCGUCUUCUUCAUCGUCAUCGUCUAUGAGUCUAAAAACUACGAAGAACAAACGCAAACUCUUCAGACCUGAGAUCUCCUCACCCAUGGACCUGCCAUCACAUAAUAUCAUCAACAUGGAGGCUGAGGAACGAGACAGUGACCAUCAGAUAAUCAAACGGCGUCUUCGCUCCAGGAUUGUCAAAUAAUUUCCCUUUUUGCAUCUUAAUGACUCCGUUAUUCAAAAAGUUAAAACACAAUUUUGUAUUUUAUAUAUAUAUAUAUAUAUAUAUAUAUAUAUAUAUACACACACAUAUACAGUAUGUAUGCUAAGAGUCAAGUAACAACACUGUCAUAUUGAUAUGACAGCAUUUUAUAAUCACUACCACUCUGCUGCAGUCAGAGUACUGAUCUGAGUUUAUUCAGAAGGUAAUCACCUCAUAAAUUCACCAAUCAUCUCUAAUAAACUGUUAGUUAAUGUUAAAGCUGUUACUAAUGCACUACACAUUUGGAACAUUUAUUUUUCUCUUCACUUUAUAGAUGAAAACACUUAACUUUUGUUUUGAAAGUGCAAUUUAUUUCCUGUUUCCAUGUGCUGGAGUGACUGUUCCCAAGUGGUUUUCGUUGGACUGUUGGCCUUGGUUUUUGUUAACGGCUCCGCCCACAACACUCUUAUUGCACUUUAUAUCUAAUUAGUCUUCAUAAAUGUUAACAGGAACUGAUGCUGCUGCAGCUCCGUGUUUGAAGCUGCUUGUUGGGAAAGGCUGCAUUUUCCUGUUCACUGUUCUUUUUUUUAGGUUGCGUCACAGUUGACUAUUAAAAAAAAAACAGGAAAAUUAA